AUGAUCGGUUCCGGUAUGAAUCUGAAACUGGUGAUAGUUGUAAUCGGGCAAUUGGUUUGGCUUGCAGCAUGUGGUAUUGCCACCGAUAUUAUGAGAGACGGAGCUGGGUCAUCUAUAAUUGACUUUGGCCGUCGGCGCGGUGGCGAUGAUGAUAAAUGCCCUCCGUGCUUUAACUGUAUGCUCCCGAUAUUUGAAUGCAAGCAGUAUUCGACGUGUAACUCGUAUUCAGGCCGAUGUGAGUGUCGGCCCGGAUUUGGAGGAGAUGACUGUUCAAAGGCUGUAUGUGGGGCGCUAUCUGAUGAUAGAGAAAGGAGACCUUUAAAGCCGGAUAACGGGACUUGCAUGUGUGAACCUGGAUGGAGUGGGAUUAAUUGUAAUAUAUGCGAGCAAGACAGUGUUUGUGAUAGUUUCGUGCCUGAGGGCUUGCAAGGAACGUGUUACAAGAAUGGUAUGAUUGUGAAAUCUAUGCACCAGGGAUGUAAUGUAACCAAUAAGCAGAUUUUGGCACUCUUGAAUGGAGCAAUUCCCCAGGUGACGUUUUCCUGUAACAAGACUGCCGAAGAGUGUAAUUUUCAGUUUUGGGUAGAUCAGAAGGAGAGCUUCUAUUGUGGGUUGAACAACUGUGCGUUUGAGAUUGAUGUAGCUCAGAAUACAUCACACUACAAGUGCGAGAAUGUGUCGUGCAAAUGUUUGGCUGGCGAGAUGUUGUGUGGGAAGUCGGGGUCUAUAGAUAUAUCUGACUUCCUCACACAGGCGAUUAAGGGCCCAGGAGACUUCAGUUGUAAUUUGAAGAACCGCAAGUGUGAAUUUAGUGAGCCUAGCAUGAAUGAAUUGAUUGAAUCAAUUUUUGGUGAUCCCAAUAUCAAGCUUGAGUGCAACAGCGGCGAGUGCUUACACUAUAGUGAAAUUCCAGGCUAUGAAUUACCUGACAAAGAAAACCUAUCUCUACUGCAGGUCUUGAUGAUCUCCUUGACGUCACUCGUAGUACUUGUUAUCUCAGGCCUGAGUGCUUAUUUCAUUUCUAAAAGUCCAUUAUUUGGCUAUGGCUACAUUCAGUUGCAGCAAGACGAAGAUGAUAGUAUGGACGAUUUCUUCAAGUCAAAUUGUAAAGCAGCAUUGACUUUUGAAAAUAUAUCCUACGAGGUAUCUACCUUAAAGAACAAUAGCGUUGGUGUCCUAAAGAAGAUCAGUGGAAUCGUGGAGCCAGGCCAAAUUCUUGCCAUAAUUGGCAGCUCUGGGGCCGGUAAAACAUGUCUACUAGAUAUCUUGUCCAUGAAAAAUAAGAUAGGUCGUGUCUCUGGAGUGAUAAAGGUGAACGGAGAGGAGAUGAACAAGGCCCAAUAUACAAAGUUAGUUGGGUUUAUUGAUCAGGAGGACUAUUUCCUUCCUACCCUUACUGUUUAUGAAACUGUGUUGAACAGUGCUUUGUUGCGAUUGCCGAAAUCAAUGUCAUUUGCUGCCAAGCAGAAACGUGUGUAUGAAGUUUUGGAAGAACUACGAAUCUUUGAUAUCAAAGACCGCUUAAUAGGAAAUGAAUUGCAAAGAGGAAUUAGUGGAGGAGAAAAAAGAAGAGUCUCUAUUGCAUGUGAGUUGGUAACCUCUCCCUUAAUUUUGUUUUUGGACGAACCAACAUCUGGUCUAGACUCUAAUAAUGCAAAUAACGUUGUCGAUUGUCUAGUUAGACUAGCUACCCACUAUAAUAGAACGCUUGUACUUUCCAUUCACCAGCCAAGAUCAAAUGUUGUGAAGCUCUUCGAUAAGUUAAUAGUGUUGAGCCACGGUGAAAUGAUAUAUUCAGGAGAUGCUACUCGUGUGAAUGAGUAUCUUCGUAACAAUGGUUAUAAGUGUCCUAGCGAUUAUAACAUCGCAGACUACCUAAUAGAUUUAACAAUGGAGCCAACUAGAUAUACCCCGGCUACCCCGGCGCUCUUAAGCGCUGAUCUGGAAGCCACUGUUGCCCAUAACCAUGAUGAGGUUUUGCAUGUGCCUGAGUUGGGAGGAUCAUCAACUCAGCGGGAAUGGGAGCAUUUUGCGAUUCAUAGGGAUGAACUGAGAGAGAUGUUACACGGGCCGGAAGGUCCUGGAGGACGCAUCAAUUCCCCAAGCUAUAAUCGCCUACACAGCCUCUUCUACGAUAGCCCGUAUGCAGUAGAGCUUGAAGCUAAUAUUGAAAAGGCGAACACUAGCUCGGAGAUAAAUGGAUGGAGCUUACCUGUUCAACAUGACACAGCAAACUUCCUCCAACAGCUCUCAAUUUUGAACUCGAGGAGUUUCAAAAACAUUUAUAGAGACCCCAAGUUAUUGCUGACCAACUACGUUGCAACUAUCUUAUUGGGCCUCUUCUUGGGGACAUUGUACUACAAUGUUGAGAAUGACAUCGGUGGUUUCCAAAAUAGAGUUGGUUUAUUUUUGUUCAUACUAACGUAUCUUGGUUUCCUCACCUUCACUGGACUAUCAAUGUUCUCAUUAGAGAGAAUAAUAUUCAUUAAGGAACGUUCAAAUCAUUAUUACUCUCCCGCUGUCUACUAUAUCAGUAAGAUCAUAAGCGACGUGAUUCCUUUAAGGGUCGUACCGCCAAUACUAUUAUGUGUUAUAAUUUACCCAUUAGUAGGGCUAAACAUGGAAAACGGCGCAUUUUUCAGAUGCAUGGGCACCCUCAUCCUGUUCAAUGUUUGUAUAUCAUUGGAAAUCCUCACUGUGGGAAUAAUUUUCAAAGAUCUCAGUACUUCUUUGAUCAUUAGUGUCAUGGUAAUUCUCGGAUCACUACUUUUCAGCGGCCUUUUCAUCAACAUGAAGGAACUUUCAAACAUUGCGCUAAGGCACUUGAAGAACCUAUCUGUCUUCUACUAUGCAUACGAGGCCCUAAUAAUCAACGAGGUGAAGACACUCACUCUUCGUGAGAAAAAAUAUGGCUUGAACAUAGAAAUAUCAGGCGCCGCAGUACUCAGCACCUUCGGGUUUGUCGUUCAGAACAUGGAUUUCGAUAUCAAUGUUCUUUUCAUCUGCAGUAUAGUCUUCAUGCUCAUCGGCCACACAGUGCUAGAGCUCUUUGUAAUUGAAAAGAAAUAG